AGCCGCUACAUCUGGAUGCCUGAUGGUGAAGGCAAACCCAUCCUAGUGGAUCUCGAAGAGCCCGUCGAUGAAGCUCUGCUAAACUCCAGGAACGGAGCAAACAACCAAUACCGUCUGUUCACCAGACAAAACCCUACCAACGGUCAAGUUCUCGUCAACGGCAAUGCUAACUCUGUUCGCAACUCCAACUACCGGGCAAACCGUGGUUUAAAGGUAAUCGUUCACGGCUGGAACAACAAUGCAGACGUCCCCAUGAAUCCUCUCAUCACAUCUGCCUUCCUCGCUGAUCAAGAUGUCAAUGUCAUCGUUGUGGACUGGCGUGCUCUCGCUAACUCCAACUACAACACAGCGGCUGCUGGUGUCCCCAAUGUAGGCCAACAUGUUGGAAACUUUGUCAAUUGGCUAUUCAAUACCAUCGGUGGUAAUUGGAACCAAGUCCACUUCGUUGGCUUCAGUUUGGGUGCUCACGUUGUAGGAAGAGCUGGUCGUCAAGUAAAUGCUCGUGUUUCCCGAGUCACUGGUCUCGACCCCGCUGGACCUGGCUGGACUAACAACGGCAAUGCGUUGGCCACAAAUGCUGGUCAAUACGUCGAAGCCAUUCACACUGAUGGUAAUAUCCUCGGUAUUAUGCGACCAAGUGGGCACGCGGAUUUCUACCCUAAUGGGGGUAAGAACCCUCAGCCUGGUUGCUGGAUCAGUACCUGCUCUCACGGCCGCGCGACUGAGUUGUUCGCCUCCACCGUGCGUAACAACCAUUUGAAUGGAAGACGCUGUCCUAACGUAUGGGAAGCUGAACUCGGAACCUGCAAUGGUGCUACAUUCCGCAGGGGCAAUGGCAUCGUUAACAAGCGCGGGUCUGGUAUAUAUGCACUCAGGACUGGAUCAAGCUGGCCUUUCUAAACAACGGCUAUCAAUAUUUGAACGAACACGCUAUUUUACAACAAAGUCUGAAUAUAAUACACAGUAUUAA